AAUCAAACUGAAUUAGUUUUCCAUGUAAGUAAACCAUGUUUCUUUGAGUGGUACCCAACACAAAAUCUCUGUUGCCUCUGCAGCAUAAAUCUUAAUCAUUGAUCACAUUCUUCUCUGUUAUGGAUGAUGGGAUUCAAAACCAUUAGAAGUAUGGAAAACUCCAUAACUAUUCUCCCCUCUCCCAAAAGAUUGUAACUUUCCUCAUUGUUGCUGCUUCUUUCAUCUUCAUCCUGAAAAUGAGAACCCCUUUUGUCGGAUUCAGCAGUAUACUUGUGCUUCUUGUUUUCGUCUCUGCUUCCUGUUCUUCUACCCAUGGAAGUAUGGAAAUGGAGAGAACUUUGGCGAUUAUAAAACCAGACGGAUUAAUUGGUAACUACACUGAUGAUAUCAAGAGAACAAUUGUAGAAUAUGGUUUCAGCAUUUUUAAGGAAAAGAUUGUUCAACUUGAUCAAGCCACUGUAGAAAAGUUUUAUGCUGAGCACUCUUCAAAAUGUUUCUUUUCCAGAUUAAUAAAAUACAUGACAAGUGGACCAGUGUUGGUUAUGGUCUUGGAGAAGGAUAAUGCUAUUGCUGAUUGGCGUGCUUUAAUGGGCCCUACUGAUGCAAGCAAGGCUAAGAUUACUCACCCUCACAGUAUCAGAGCAAAAUGCGGAUUGGAUAUAGAAAGGAAUUGUGUUCAUGGUUCAGACUCUCCUAACUCUGCUCAAAGAGAGAUUCCAUUUUUCUUUCAGGAGCUGUCCGCAGAUGUGGUUGGAGAGCAUGAUGAACUGUAGCUGGUACAAGCUUGAAGAAUUAACACAACUUCAUUGUAUUUUUCUGUGUAUAAUGAAAGACUACACCAUGGAAAUCUAAGUUAAUUGGAGGACAAAAAAUUAUGAAAUGACUCGAAAAUUAUCCAUUCAAGUUUUUAUGCAAUCACUUUGUAUGGUAGUCAGAUCCAGGUCUUCAAUUGAUCCUGCAUAUUUGCCUA